AGAGAGAGCGCAAUGAAUUGUGGGAGGCGCAUGAAAUCACGUGACCAAAUAGCUUCGUUCUUCCUUUUACUAGCGUUUUGCGUGUUGUUUAUGCACUUUGGAAGUGGUGUUGGUGAAACUUAAAGAAUUUCACAAUGGCUAUGCAGGCAGCGAAAAGAGCAAAUAUCAGAUUACCUCCAGAAGUAAACAGAAUAUUAUAUAUUCGAAACCUUCCAUACAAAAUCACAGCAGAAGAGAUGUAUGAUAUAUUUGGAAAAUAUGGACCAAUUAGGCAGAUCAGAGUUGGAAAUACACCAGAAACCAGAGGAACAGCAUAUGUGGUUUAUGAAGACAUCUUUGAUGCAAAAAAUGCCUGUGAUCAUUUAUCUGGAUUUAAUGUCUGCAACCGUUAUCUUGUUGUCUUGUAUUACAAUGCUAACAGGGCAUUCCAGAAAAUGGAUACAAAGAAGAAGGAAGAGCAACUUAAAUUGCUUAAGGAAAAAUAUGGAAUCAACACAGAUCCACCUAAAUAAAUUCAUGCUUUGCCAUCUUGUGCACUCCCCAAUUCCUCCUGUCCCCAUUUUCUGUAAUUUUAGUAUUCUAUUAUUAUUUAACUUUGUUAAUCUCAUUGAGAUUCAAGAAAGAAUACAUUUUUAAGUUGGUCUUUUUUGCUGUAUUUUUUAACAUGACACAAAUAGUAAAUGUUGAAUAUUUCUGUAA